ACCUGCCUCAUUUUGAAUCUCACUUUGUACAAGUUUUUCAUUGACUGUGUGACGCUGACCGCAGAGCUUUGUAGGAUUGUUUCCAAAGUUAGAGCAGAUUUGGAUAACAAACACAACUUUUAGAACAGCACUACAAUAUUUGAACAAUUGAUCUUAGAGUUUGUAAUUUGGGAAUGUUUUUGGCAUUGUUUUCUGGCAUUGAGAAAUAGGUGCUACACUGCCUUUAAGACUAUACUAACUGUAUUUGAUUAACGUCCCACUUAUAACACACAUGACGUUAAUCAACUUUUCUUUUGUAAAAUAGAACAAAAUGUGAUUUUGUGUGUUGUAUCAGUAUCCAAAGAGGAUUGCAAAUGUUAUUGCUCUAUUCUAGAGGUGUCAACGUAAUUUUCCGAAUGUGGCCAAUUCUGUAAAGCCAAUGUCAAGAGAGCUGCACAUUGCUUGGGGGAAAAAAUACUUUUUCAAAUUCUGUAUUUACAUGCUCAAAGUUUAGCAAUUUCUUCUUUGUUGGAAUAGUAUGAGCUCUGAAUUAAUAAUUGUAGUAUUGAGAACUAGGGGACACAUUAUAUCUGAUGGCAGGCCACAAAUGGUCACUGAAAGGUAUCUACCUCUCUUGAUAUGCUAAUGUCUGUCCCUCAGACAGCUUUGCUCCUAUUCAUCAUCUCUGACUUUUACAUUUCGAAUUCCUACUCUUGCUUUUUCUUGCUGUGACUAUUGCUCUGUAUCUUUCUGUGUCUCUGUGUCUAAUCUAUAUUGAUACUAUGCCAAUGAAUGACAAAUGGUUGACUCACAACACAGCAUGUGACUUUUUUGUGCCUUUGUAGUUUGACAACAUUUGGCUGUGCUGGCAUAAAUAGGGUACUGUGCUAUCAGGGAUCUGGGAACUCCUCAAUUAGAGUUGGUUGGUUUUGAAUGGUUUAGAAUACCAGGUUAGAUUUUCAACAGAAUGUCCACCUUACUAUGUGAAACUGUAUGUGUAAUUCCUGUUCUACAGUUGCAACACUGUUUGCUUUAGUUUGUAGUCAACAGACACACCCUUCUCACCCACUUCAUUAUCAUCUUUUGUUUGGAAUUCUCUCUUUGUCUUUGUAACUUUGAGAUAAUUGACUUUGUAGGGUGUACUUACCGCAGAGUCCCAUCUGUUUUGAGCUCCACCUGUUUAGCAAAAUUACCUGUUUUGCAUGUUACUUUGGCAUUAAUACAUGUCACAUAUCAGUUUGCAAACAAUGUAAAAAAGAAAAUCACUGAGUUAAUAAAGCCGCAUACAAACAUGGUCUCUUUUUUGCUUUCUUGAGUAAGAAAGCACCAAAAUGCAGGUGUUUCAGCUUAGCUCAGUGCUUUCUGUGGCGGUGGGGCAGCUAGUGGAAAAUAAGACGAGUACGGGUUGGUAAUGUUCUCUAGUUGCGUCGUGAUUAGCUCAGUGUUCUGUCACUCAUGGGGACACGACGUUACCGCAAAAUUUAUGGGGAGAGCUCGAAAAUUCAAGCCCCUUGGGUGCUGCCAUAGAGUUAUAUUAGAAGUGACCAUCCAAGAAGGCUCAAGGUUUUUAGAUCUUGACCCCACUGCCCACUCCUCACCAAACCCCCUAGAUGGCGUAUUCCACCAGCACUCUUGCUGCUGGCAGCUUUGGGAAGGUAUACAGGGAGAAGUACAAUGACACCUGGGCUGCAAUCAAGAAGGUGCCACAACACUUAAUCAAUAGGAGAGACCUGGAGAGAGAGUGUCAAGUAUACAAUAAAGCGAUUCAUCCUAACAUAGUGAAGCUUCUGGGUAAUCCAACAGUCAAGGACUCUAAGUGGAUCAUCCCCAUGGAGUUCAUCUUUGGAGAGGAACUGGAGACAACCAUCUUCAAAUCACAAAAAUCUAAAAUACAGUUGACUCCAUCGAUAAAGGCCACCAUCAUCACAGGCAUGUGUGAAGGUCUGCUUCACCUACACAGCAAAGAUAUCGUCCAUCAGGACCUCAAGCCCGAGAACAUCAUGGUAGAGCAUGACACUCACAGAGCUGUGAUCAUUGAUAUGGGACUGGCCAAAUUCUUCUGCAAUGGCCUAAAUUCUGCCAUGGAUAUGGGCAAUGAGGCCUACUCUCCACCUGAGGUCCUGCAGAGGAGGGGCCAGAGAGAUCAGCGCUCGGACGUGUGGGCUAUGGGUAAAAUCAUUACCGAACUUUAUGCCAGAGUCAGGCUGUACACCCCCAGCGUCUGUCCAACUAAGAUCCAGGAGACCCUCAGUCUCCAAGGCCAGCAGUACUGUAACGCUGUCUGUAGGAUGGUGCAGAGAGACCCCACAGUGCGGGCCACCAUGGCCGGAAUCAUGCCGGAGAUACAAAGGGCAGGGGUAGAUUGCGGUGGAGGCAACACCGGAGGGAAAAAAAGAGGACAUCUUCUGACACCCUUUCCUCACACUCAGGUAAAAGACACCUUGCCACGUCCUCAAGCUCCUGUACAGCGUUCACCAUCUCCAUCGAGAUUUGAGCGCAAUGCUUUACCAAGGCCUGAGGCCAAGAUGCUAGUGGGGCCUCCUGUGAGAGCAACUUCUCCAUCGAGAUGGGAGCGUACAGCUUCUCCAAAGCCUGAGAUCAAGACGCUAGUGCGAGCUCCUGUGCGAGCGCCUUCUCCAUCGAGAUGGGAGCUUACAGCUUCUCCAAAGCCUGAGGUCAAGACGCUAGUGCGAGCUCCUGUGCGAGCGCCUUCUCCAUCGAGAUGGGAGCAUACAGCUUCUCCAAAGCCUGAGGUCAAGACGCUAGUGCGAGCUCCUGUGCGAGCGCCUUCUCCAUCGAGAUGGGAGCGUACAGCUUCUCCAAAGCCUGAGGUCAAGACGCUAGUGCGAGCUCCUGUGCGAGCGCCUUCUCCAUCGAGAUGGGAGCGUGCAGCCUUGCCAAAGACUGAGUUGAAGUUUGAGGUGAAGACAACACUGCAACCACAACCCACACAGCGAUCACUUUCCCCAUCAAGAUGGGAGCGAACAGCCUUGCCAAAGCCUGAGGUCAAGAACUCACCAACUCCCCUUCCAAAAGGUAGACCAUGGUAAUACUCUGGAUCCAUCAGGAAUAGCUCAACCCAGUUAAAAUGUCAUGAAACAGCUUCUCUACAAAGAGGCGUCGAGGGUUCUCCCAUGCCCACUCCCCACAACGGGCGGGGUGUGAAUCCGCCGCUAUGCGCAAAUGAAUGGGAAAGUGGAGACUUGGGAGCAAAAGGAGGUAGAGACUGAAGGAGGUAGGAUAGUCAAGUUUGAAGAUGUGAAGUUUAACAAGAAGUCUUAAGUAGGUUAUUGACAGUUCGUGAAAUAGUAGGGAGUUGAUUUGACUGCUUCUCCAGAGCAACAACAAUAAAAGUUGUAUUGCACUAUUAAGAAGGAAACCUAAGGUCGAGUAAGGAUUCAUGAAUGAUGUUGAAGGACUAUAUCACUUUACAGUAUUGCUACAAUGUUGCACAUCUGGUUAGGUGCCAGUUUGCAGAGGCAACUGGAGUCAAAUAACUAUCUGUGAAUGUUUCUUAAAUCUCAUCCCUCUUGCAAAUCAGUUUUAUCUUUAGCUUGAUAUCAUUCAUUUGACUGUAAACAUAGAAGAUACAAAAAUGUUUUUUUACUAAAGACAAGAUCUUACAUUUAGCUUACAAUUAAGAAUUAAAGUCAUUUUUCACAAAUAUAUGCUGUGUUAUAUCCUCUUUACAAUAUGGUGGAAAAAUUGCAAGAUUAUUAUAAUACUUUUAUUGCAUCAAAUGGUUGUUUUAUGCAACAGAAUAGAGUAUUGUUAACUAUUGUGUGUGUAUUCUACUGAGGAUGGGCCUCUGGGAGAUAACACUGACAGGAGAUUUACCAUGUCUUUUGGGUGAUAAACCUAAAGAGCAUGAGUUAAUGUUUCUGUUCUAUACCGUACCAGGGAGAGAUGGUUCCAGUUUGGAGUCGGAGGGCCAGACUCUCUAUACAAUGAACCGUUGACACAGCAGAUACUGUCUGCUAUGUAUUAUAGGUAUCUUUCAUACAAAUCUUAACCUUGUGACCCAUUCUAUAUAUCUGUUGUUCGUCAUGUAGGUUGAAAGGUGUGUAUCUUGGCUAUAAAUUACCUUUGUACUUUAGUCUCUGGGCUCUCAACAAAUCAUCUGAGCGUGAAUCGUCGACCAGCCAUCAUUAUCAUA